CACCGUGGGGGGCCGGGAUGGAGACGGAAGACGCCGGAAGCCCCCCGACCUCCAUCCGCCGGGCCUCGGGACCCCCUUUGGGGGGCCGGGGUGCGACCGGACGAUGCCCGAAGCCCCCCGCCCCCCAUCCGCAAGGCCUCGGGACCCCCUUUGGGGGGCCGGGGUGCGACCGGACGAUGCCCGAAGCCCCCCGCCCCACAUCCGCCAGGCCUCAGGACCCCCCCAAUGUGGGGCGGGGAUGUGGCCAGAAGCCCCCCGCCCCACAUCUGCGAGGCCUAAGGACCCCCCUUGGGGAACGGGGGUGCAGCCGGACGACGCCCGAAGCCCCCCCACAUCCACAAGGCCUCAGGACCCCCCUUUGGGGGGCUGGGGUGCGACCGGACGAUGCCCGAAGCCCCCCGCCCCCCAUCCGCAAGGCCUCGGGACCCCCUUUGGGGGGCCGGGGUGCGACCGGACGAUGCCCGAAGCCCCCCGUCCCCCGUCCGCCAGGCCUCAGGACCCCCCAAUGGGGGGCGGGGAUGUGGCUGGAAGCCCCCCGCCCCACAUCUGCAAGGCCUCGGGACCCCCUUUGGGGGGCUGGGGUGCGGCCGGAAGCCCCCCGCCCCACAUCACAAGGCCUCAGGACCCCCUUUGGGGAGCGGGAAGCCCCCCGCCCCACAUCCACAAGGCCUCGGGACCCCCUUUGGGGGGCCGGAGGACGCUCGAAGCCCCCCGCCAGUUGGCCUGAGACCCCCGCCCCACUUCCGCGGGGCCUCAGGACCCCCAUGGGGGACGGGGAUGCAGCCGGACGCCCCCCGCCCCACAUCCACCAGGCCUCGGGACCCCCCGGGGGGGGACGGGGACGCCGUCGGAAGAUGCCGGAAGCCCCCCGCCCCACAUCCAGGCGGCCUCGGGACCCCCUUUUGGACGCUCGAAGCCCCCCGCCCCACCUCCGCCGGGUUUUUGGGGGGGGGGGGGGGUCGGGGGUUGCCAGAACAGGUGGGGCGACCCCUGACCUUUGGGUCUCACCUGAUGUCAGCCCCCCUGAACCCAUCUUCAUUCUGCGUCCCCCCCACCGCCAUCCGGUUGAGCCCCCUCCCCAAUUUUCCUCACUGGGAGAGGGGGUGGUCCCCUCACCCCCCCCCCCCAAGCCAUCCCCUAAGAGGGUCCCCCCUUUAUUCCCCCACCCCUGUCCAACUUGGGGUGCUGGGGGGGGCUACAAGGUGGGGACCCCCCCCACACCAUUUGUCCCCAGGUCCUGUGAUGACCCCCCCUUUCCCCCCUCCCUGGUGGGGAAAAAGUGGGGAAGGGGCUUCUGCUGCUGGGCUGG